AUGAAUAUUAAGAUCGCCAUCCUGGUGGCACUGGUCGCGCUAGCGAGCUGCGCGGAGGAGCCGAAGAAAUCGGAAGCGGAGAAGGACUCGGUGGCCGAGUCCACGGAGAAGAAGACCGAGAAACGGGGUCUGCACGGUAGCUACGGCGACCUGGGCGGCGGCGGCGACUUGGGUGGCGGCGGCGACCUGGGCGGCGGCGGUGGCUCGAGCUACGAUCACCAGGAACACGUGAAAACAGUUACGUUGGUGAAGAAGGUGCCGGUUCCGUACGAGGUCACGAAACACGUGCCCUACUUGGUGGAGAAGCACGUACCGUACGAGGUGAAGGUCGGCGUGCCACAGCCGUACACCGUCGAGAAACACGUCCCCUACCCGGUGAAGGUGUUCGUGAAGGUGCCGGUGCACGUGCCCCAGCCGUACACUGUCGAGAGGAAGGUGCCUUACGAAGUCAAGGUUCCCGUGGACAAGCCGUACGAGGUGAAGGUGUUGGUGCCCCAGCCGUACACCGUCGAGAAGCAUGUCCCGGUGCCAGUGAAGGUGGGCGUGCCUCAGCCGUACACCGUCGAAAAACACGUGCCUUUCCCGGUGAAGGUGAAGAUCCCGGUGCCUCAACCCUACCCGGUCGAGAAGCCCGUGCCCUACGAGGUCAAGGUCCCCGUCGACAAGCCUUACCCGGUCAGCGUGCCUAAACCGUACCCGGUCACCGUCGAGAAACCGUACCCCGUGCCAAUCGACAAGCCAGUACCCUACGAAGUUAAGGUUCCCGUUGACAAACCGUACCCCAUCCCUGUCGAGAAACCGUACCCCGUCCACGUCAAGGUUCCAAUUCCUCAGCCUUACGCCGUUCACAAACCUGUGCCUGUAACGAUCCAUAAACCCGUGCCUUAUCCAGUCAAGGUGCCCGUAGACAAGCCCUACAUCGUCGAGAAGGAGGUGCCCUACCCGGUCGAGAAGGAGGUCCCUGUUCCUGUCAAGGUCCCAGUGCCCGUGCACAUCCACGAAGAGCACGGAGGCGGCGGCGGGGGCGGCUACGAAGGGUUCUCUAGCCUCGGGGACGGCGGUGGUUACCUCUCGCAUCACCGUUGA